CCACCGCCAGGUGCUUCCCCAUUUUCUUACUUUUGUAUAUACGGACGGCAUCAAACAAAUGCAAUAAAUACAUUUCAACCUCUGUAAUCAUCAUCACUCAUUCCUUCACAAUCACGUAACUUUAUAAAAUCCAGAUCGAUCCACCUUCAAACCCGACAUCAAAUGGUCGUUUCUCGUGAUUGUAUCGCCAAAGAAGAUGAAGUUCUGCAAGAAAUACCAAGAGUUCAUGCAAACACAAGAUCAGAAGAAGCUUCCUGGUGUGGGUUUCAAAAAUCUCAAAAAGAUCUUGAAACGGUGUCGUAGGGAUGACGUCACUCGUUCACAGAAUUCAUCGCCAUUGCUUCUCAAUGAUUCUUCUGAUAAAAGCUGCAUCCACCCUUGCCCUGUUUGCGAUGGGAGUUUCUUUCCUUCUUUAAUGAAGGAGAUGUUUAUGGUGGUUGGAUGUUUUAACGAGCGAGCACAAAAGGUGCUUGAUGUUCAUCUAGCAACCGGGCUCCGGAAGUACUUUGUGUGGUGUAGAGAUAAGUUUAAGGGGAACCAUGGUGAUUUGAUUCAAGAAGGCAAAGAUCUUGUUGGUUAUGCGAUUAUUAAUGCCAUUGCUAUGCGAAAAAUUCUUAAAAAAUAUGAUAAGAUACAUGACUCGAAGCAAGGUCAAGCAUUUAGGUCACAAGUCCAGAGCAUGCACAUGGAAAUCCUACAGUCUCCAUGGCUUUGUGAGCUUAUUGCUUUACACAUUAAUUUAAGGGAAACAAAGGGUAUAACGGGAAACGGUUCUGAAUUAUUUGAGGGCUGUUUUCUCGUAUUUAACGAUGGGAAACCAUCACUUUCUUGUGAGCUCUCUGAUGCCGUCAAGCUUGAGAUAGAUUUGACUUGUUCUAUAUGCUUGGACACUGUAUUUGACCCUGUAUGUUUGACCUGUGGACACAUCUUUUGCUUCAUGUGUGCUUGCAAAUCUGGGUCAGUGACGAUUGUAGAUGGACUAAAGGCAACACAGCCUACAGCAAAAUGCCCUCUUUGUAGAGAAGCCGGAGUUUAUCAGGGAUCUCUUCAUUUGGAUGAGCUUAACAUUUUACUGGGCCGAAGUUGUCCGGAAUAUUGGGAGGAAAGGCUUAAAACCGAGAGAUUAGAAAGGAUUCGACAAGCAAAGGAACAUUGGGAAUCACAGUCUCGUGCAUUCUUGGGAAUCUAGAUAAACUUGUACAAGUAAAUGUUUUAUUAUAAAGUAAAAAAGAUUAAAUAAUUUGUGGUAUGCUUUUGAUAACACAUUUCUGCUAAAUACUUAGUUAAUGGUUCAUUCAUCUUUUUAUGUGAUA